AUGAGCCACGGCUUCCAGAGCAGCCACCAGGACUUGUCCUUCGGGCCCUGGAAGCUGACGGCGUCCAAGACCCGCAUCAUGAAGUCAGCGGAUGUGGAGAAGUUAGCUGAUGAAUUGCAUAUGCCAUCUCUCCCUGAAAUGAUGUUUGGAGACAACGUUUUAAGAAUCCAACAUGGCUCUGGCUUUGGGAUUGAGUUCAAUACUACAGAUGCAUUAAGAUGUGUGAACAACUACCAAGGAAUGCUUAAAGUAGCUGAAGAGUGGCAGGAAAGCAGGACGGAGGGUGAGUGCUCUCAGGAGGUUAUUAAACCGUAUGAUUGGACCUAUACAACAGAUUAUAAGGGAACGUUACUUGGAGAAUCACUUAAGCUAAAGGUUGUACCUACAACAGAUCAUAUAUAUACAGAGAAAUUGAAAGCCAGAGAACAGAUUAAGUUUUUUGAAGAAGUUCUCCUGUUUGAGGAUGAACUUCAUGAUCAUGGAGUUUCAAGACUGAGUGUGAAAAUUAGAGUAAUGCCUUCUAGCUUUUUCUUGCCGUGGCGGUUUUUCUUGAGAAUUGAUGGGGUGCUUAUUAGGAUGAAUGACACAAGACUUUACCAUGAGGUAUCUAUUCUCAUUUAA